GUAGGAUGAUGCGCGCGCACCACCUCUCGAUGAAGCCGUGGAUGGGAUCGGCUUUAUUACCAGCAGACCUGCAUGCGUUCCAGGGGGCACUGCAAGAUCGGAGGAAAGUAGGAGGCAAACUCUGGGCUCGGCAUUUAACAAGGGGCGGGUGCAAAUCAAUUUAUUCAGAAAGGCUGUAUCAGCUUAGCAUUUUGCACAAUUCUCCGAUUUCAAGUCGAGUGGUUGUCACAUCAGAGCCACGGCCACACAAAUACGAAAACAUUGCACUGCCACGUACCUAUGGAAUUUCUUCUGAGACGUCACCGCAGAACUACUAUGACAGAACAAGCUACCGAUCGGUGAGGAAUGGAGAAACUCAGCUGAUGCAACAUGUAAUUCCAUCAUCCCAUAACUCCAACAGCAACGGGGAUCAUGUACAAGGAACUGAAAUAGUUACUGCUUCUUCACAAGCGAGUGGCAUCAUCCCGUCAGCCAGGAGUUACAGUUCAGGAGUGUUAGACCAGACAUUAGAACUCCAAAUUGAACGGUCCCGUUCACAUCACUCAGCACAGUCUAAUCCAGGAGAUGCACAUUGGAAAAAUAAAGAAGAACAGACAGAUACUAACAAGACUGGUAUGGAAUACUCACACCAGACAGUUGCUGAAGACAAAAUAAAAUCACAUCAGAUUUUUAACACAAGCGUUGCAACUAACCCUGAUAGGCAAUAUUCACAAAGGGAGAAUGUUUAUGACCACACCCAACAGAAUAUAAGUAAGGUUAGUAUUUACAGUGGAAAGUUUGACAGCAAUCAGUCUGGAGUUAUAGAUUAUCUUUCAGAAGAGAAAGUUUCUAAGAAUGCAACAUUAAGCACUACACAGUUUUCAAAUACACUAAAAAAUGAAACUCAUCAAAUAGAGAUGCUUGGAAAACAUCAUGGAAAUGAACAGUUGACACUUCACAGACAGCCAGGUGGCAGAGAUGCUGCUGUUCUGGAGCAAAGUGUUGAAAACACAACGCAGAAACACACGAUUCUGACAACAACUCAGUCAUCAUACAGCAAUAAAUAUGAUGGAUAUGGGGUAACAAGCACAAUAGGUUACUUAAUGGAUGUUUUGGAAGAAAAACACAGUGGACCAUACAACACAAGUUCAUUAGCACAAGGUCAAGAUACUGAGCAGAUGGCCAUUCCAACCAGCCAACAGUUCAGCCCCUCAGAAAGUGUUUUCAGUACACCAGUAUCAGCAAAGAGUGAUGCUCCAAUGUCAUACAGUCAGCCGAAUUCAGGAGAUGAACACGAGCCAAGGAUGCAUUCAUCACUGGUGUUUAAAUGGAAGAACCAAUGGACUAUGAAAGAUCAAAAUGCAUCCCAAUACAUGGAUAACUCAGGAGGAUCAAAGAUUAUCUUUCCAGGAGAACCAGAGGGGUAUUCAGUGCCCAAGUUCACUCCAGAAGUCAGUGGUCAGCAGCCUAAAUGUGCUGAUGAAGAUGGCUUCUGUGAAUCAGCUGACAACUACCCAGUAGACUAUGUGAGAAGAAUUUUCCAAAAUGAGGCAAAUUCGUAUAUUUUUGGAUCAGAUUUGAUGGAUGUAAAUCUCAGAAUAAAUCCUGAUGAAGAAGUGUCGCUUUGUCCUUCCAUGGAACAAGUGGUGUAUCCCAAAGUGGCUCAGAAUAAAGAUGAUAAAUGGCUGUAUAUUAUAAAUCAGGAGACAUAUUUUCAAGGAAUUCGCAUUGAAAAGUGCGCGAAACAGGGUUCUUGUACAUUUGCAGAAAAUUUUCCAAAUGGUUACACAACAAGCUGUCAGCAGAAGUACAUCUAUCGCAAGCUGAUAGCUUUGGGUGAAGAUGGCAGGCCUGUUACCGAUUCAUUUCGCCUCCCAUCAUGCUGCUCAUGUGUCGUCACAAAGUCAUUCCGUUCACGAAGGAUGGCAAGUGACCUGGGAAAGUCUCAGAUUCCAUCAAAAAGAAGAAGAAGGAGGUAGGAAGUCCUUUAUGCUACAUCACAAGAUGGCUGCCUCCAGAUGGAGAAGCUUUCCUUUGAGAGUGUGGAGUUGUGCCUUCCUUUUCUCAUGAUGAGAAGAACUGUUGGUGUACAGGCACCUUGAAUACAAAUAUCACCAACAACUUUGGCUGUGCUUGUGGGAGGAUUUCCCACCAAACUACUAUCAUAACAUGUGAGAUUUGUAGUUCUCACAUUGUUGACUGUAAAGAGUACUAUUGUAAUACAGGAUAGUUCUUUAUUUAGUAUGUAUAAUAGAACCAAGAUCUCAACCCACAUUGAUUCCUAUGUCAGGAAUUUAGGAGUAGUUUCUAUUUUAUACUUCAAAAUAAUAAGGAUGAGUUUACUAAUGCUGUAAUUGUGGUUUAUAAAUAAUUUAAUGUGUCCAGAAAUUAUGAAGUACAAUUUGAUGAAGCAUUCUAUGAUAAAUGUUAUGUAUUAAAUAUUUUAGAAACAGUUUGUAAUUUAAUGUAUUGUAAAGUAUUAAUAAAUAACAA